AUGUCGCCCAUCCACCCUCUGGUCUUCGUCUCGGCUCUAGCCUUCAACCUGACCAACUCGCUCUGUCUCUCUGGCUGGCUCGCCGGCUACGGCCCCACCACCGCCUACGACUGGGCCGGCCGCCUCUACUGGAUCCAAGCCGGCCUCGUCGUUUGGGGCUGGGCUCUCCUCGGCAACAUCUUCCACGACGACGACCUCCGCGAGAUCCGCCGUUCCGCUCUGCGCCGCCAGAGAGAGCAAGCCAAGAAAGACAACAAGCCCAUCGAAGGCGUCCAGAAACUGUACAUGAUGCCCAAGAACGGUCUCUUCCACUAUGUCUUGUUCCCGCACUAUCUUUGUGAAUGGAUUGAGUGGACGGGCUUCUGGAUGAUUGGAGGCUUGGCUUGUACUCCUGCCAGAGCGUUUCUCUUUAAUGAGAUUAGCACCAUGUUGCCUCGUGCGCUGCAGGGAAGACGUUGGUACAUUCAGAAGUUUGGCAAGGACAGAGUUGGCAAUCGCAAGGCUGUCAUUCCUGGCCUCAUCUGA